CCCAGCGCUGCCGGAUUGCAGUGGCUUCUCUUCUCUGCCCAUUCCCAGAAGAAAGCGGGGUCGUGACGAAACUGGGGAAUUGUCGGAGAUCCCAGAAUUACCGAAAAUACAGCUUACAGAAACCUCGGUGUUGCUCGAGAGUACCCGUCAAAUAUAUAUUUUUUAAGAUUUUCCAUAUUUGAACUAAUACGCAAGUAUGUCCUGGCAAGGCUACGUGGAUAACCUGAUGGCCGAUGGAAGCUGCCAGGACUCCGCCAUUGUUGGGUACACGGACGCCAAAUAUGUCUGGGCAUCGUUUCCCGGUGGUACAUUUGUUAACAUAACGGUAAGGACAUAAUCAAAUAAUUAGUCUUAUCUACAAACACAGGGAAAUGCCGGUAUUUUAGGCUGUUAGUUAAUUUAAUAUGGGAAUAAGGCCUUGCCUAAUGGGGAAGCCCUAGACGGAAUGGAAUGAUAAGGUAACGUUAGGCUCAAGGCAGGCAUUGAGUGUUGGCUAAACUAGCGAGCUAGUUAGCACACAUGGUAUUCGGUGUUCUCCGGUACAGCUAUAGACUUUUGCACAUGUUUAUUUGAAAUGUAAGUGCAUAGGCUCAGAACCACAACUACAUUCAAGUUCAAGAUGUCAUGGUGUUACGCUACGUCUAAAGCGUUCCUUUUGAGUUUGUUAAACAUUGACUGUUCAACAUGAAAGUGUAGGAGGUAACAGUUAGUCCGCUUCUGGCUAACACGUUUAGUUAGCCUGGCUAAUGUGUUGAUAACUAUCUGGCAUCAACUAGAACUUGCAAAUGAAACAUUAAAACCGUGCUUUCAGAAACUUGAUACCGCAUAUGGGAAAGUUAAAUGGAGACCGGUUUCCCGACAUGUAGCGUUUACCGUUAUGUCUAGCCGGCAAUGCGGGCGUUGGGAGGGGUGACGUGAGCGAAAAAUGGCAUAAAUCAGGCCUGUCAUUAACCAAAAUUGGUGGCUCAUUACGCUGCAUGCAUAUGUUACAUGCACAAUUUGCUUUGUACACUCCGCGGUAUUCGCAGAUACAUUUGUGAAUCAAGUCCUCGCUCCCGCACCUUUUGAUUUCCCAAGAUGGCGCCUCCACUCUGCAUUUAUUCUUUUUUUCCUCUCCUGUCUACGCAAUUUAAUCGGAUGUGAACCUGAAUUGGAUGCACCAGCUCGAGUCAAAUUGGUUGUACAAUAGUAUACCAUCCAAUUGGCCUGCAGGUUUAUUUUACAUAUUGCAUCAGUCUAGUCAUUCGUGGGACCUCCAUUUUGUUAGCUAGCAAGCAAGCAUCGAAAUCAACUAUUUAGCUAGGGUUGCUUGUGUUGUCAAAACCAGUUUAAAGCGUGUCAAUUCAUGCGCGUGCAGAACAAUUAUUCGAUAGUGUUUGCAUCAGGCGCGUAGUUGGCUACAUGUUAGCGCGAUAACAAACACGCAUGUUUUAGCUAACUAUCUUUCUAGUGUGGGACUGCGACAGGAUAUUAUUCAUAAUCUGAUUAAAUAGUGAUCCCAGUAUCAUAAUGGCCGUGCGAACAUUGGAGGUUAUUUCAGUCAGAUGCUUCCUUGUCAGUAUUCUAGCUAGCUACUUUGGUUUUGCUAAGCUAGGGUUAAACAUCUAACCAUUAGCUGUUUGUUACCAAUUUCUGGGCACAUUCUCAUAGCUGUGACAUGAAUAAAUUGGCAGUUACUCUGCUAGGCUUAUAGUCAAAUGUUACAGGUUGUAGGCAAGCUGUGAAGUCAGUUGUCCUGCUGUAUUGCCUUUAUGGACAGCCUUACUCUGGCUUGAACUAGCCUCUAACGUUAGCGUUCUAGAGACUUCCACGAGGAGGCCAGCUUCUAGCUUUGCCAAGGCGUUAUGGCAUAGCUGACUAGCUGGCCACAUUUGUCUUUUUUUUCGAAAGGAAAGGGACUGUUGUAUGAUUGUGCAAUUUCUGUAUGAGGGCCAUGCCUUUUUGUUCUCAAUCAUUUUAAUUUGGAACCUGAGAAUAAACCAGUCUGCUUUCAUUGAAUAAUUGUAUGGGCAUGAACCUUAUUUUAUACGAAAUCUGACUAGCUAGGCAUCAGCUCCUGACCAUGACAGCCAAGCAAUGCCUAUGUAUUGCAAAAACCAAAUUGAACUGAAUAUUGGAUCAUAUUUAAUUUGUACACUGAACACAUGAGUUUAAAGGGUGCAAUCAAUGGUCUAUAGAGUUGAAUGUGGACACUGGCCUAUGAAAGCCGAGAUGGGUUAUACUUAAUCUCUAUAUCACACAGUACCCUAAACUAUUUUUCAGCGUUUGUUCCUUUCUGCCUGGUAGGACAAAUGUGAACUGCAAUACUUCUUAAAUUGCCUAGUUACCCCAACAGUGAUUACAUUUCCCCCCCAUUUAUUUAAAAAUAAUUCUGACUGCCAAAUAAUGCUCCCUCUGAAGUUUUUUGAAUUUUCAUACAUCUUUGAGUCUUGCUGUUUUAGACAUUGGAGAGUGUUGGAGAGAAGAAUCAAGCUGUCACAUUUUCUAUUAUGUUAUCAGUAGUGUAAUGACAAAUGUAAUUUUUAUGCAUAUGAAAUUGAAUGACUUUCAAACUUCACAUGCUUGACAUUUGUCCCUCAAUCUCAUCUGUAGGUUGAAGAAAUCGACGUCAUAGUAGGAAAGGACCGAGAAGCUUUCUUCUGCGGCGGGCUGACCCUAGGCCAAAAGAAGUGCUCCGUCAUCAGAGACAGCCUCCACUCUGAUGGGGACUGGACAAUGGACAUCAGGACAAAGAGUCAAGGAGGAGAGCCCACAUACAACGUUUCCAUAGGCAAAGCCGGCAAAGGUAAUGUCUGUCCCAUUUCUUCACUGCUCACUCAAACAUUUAAGGCUAUAUGUAGUGCAGAGGUUUAGUUUGGUUGUAAUUAUAGUUUGCUGUGCAUGUACAAUAUACUGGUAUUCACCUUUCCUCAAUAUAUUAUUUAUUUGUUAAGGGACAGAUACAAUUAAAUCUGACACAUUAUAUCAACAAAUGCAUUGCACCGUCAUGCGUUAGCUUAUGCUAAUUUGCAGCAUCAGUCCCUAGAUGGGGGUUUUAAAAUAGUAGAAAGGGAUAUAAUACAAUUGAAAAGUUUAUUGUAAUCUAAUUGAUAGAUUGAUGUAGUUAUGUUAUUCCACUCAAAUGCCUUUUUGGUAUUUGUUUCAUUAGUCCACUGUUGAUACGGUCUUAAAUGUUUUGCAUGUCAGCAAUCAAGUGUAAGAUGUAGAACUUUGAAAAUGCAGAUUGACACUCUCUGUAUUUUGAAAGUUCUGUAUCCUAAACUUGAUUACUGACAUUCCAAACAGUGGACUAAUGAAACAUGUAUCAACAUGUUUUUUGAAUGUAAUUUUCCUUUUAAGCACAGACAGAACCUCAAUGAUUUUAUUAUCUCAACUAUUAUGUAUGGGAAAAGAGGGUUCAGUAUAAUGGACUUCAAAGUUCAAUUUCAAGUAUUUUUCAGGUUGAAGCCAAUCAAGUACCAAUACCAAUGUUUUAAAGAAGAGGUGUUCGUUUUGCAUCAGAUCUGAUUCAGGGACAAUAUUUGAACAACUGCUAGCCAGCCAAAUGAUCCACCAAAAUCUUGUUGGGCCACCCAAUUGAAGGGGAGAUGCCCUGCCAUUUGAAAGACAAGAUGCCUGUGAGUUGUGCCAAUGUUCAUUUUGCCUUUAUGGUCCCUAUUCUCCUACGUCCCUAGCAGCUUUAAGUCCAUGACACUCCUACUUGCAAUACACAGGUGGGAGGAUUUCUGUCACAGGGCAAGCUGGGCAACCUUUUCUGGGUUCACUCUUCUGGUCUUCCUCCUAAUCGAAUCCACCUUGAAUUGCAUGCCUAUCCCUCUGUAAUUGAUGCACUUUUCCCCUCACAUCAACUCUUAAGUGUCAAUUUCAGGUUAUUCCCCAUCACAUGUUAAGCGUAGUCCCUGCCAAUUUAGGCAUUUCCUCUCUGAUAGGAUUUUGCUGCUGUUCAUAUGUAUUGAGGAGAGGUACUACAAGCAUGCCGACUCUGCAUGUGUACUGCAUUAGUGUUGGUGGUAGUGAGUGAAGCAUUCACUUUCCUAUUCCUCCCUGCUGCUGGCAUGUCAUGUAGGCUCCUAUAGCUAAGUAGUGGAUAAAGUAAAGGGUAGGCUUAGACCAGUGUUUUGUUUCUGAUUUACAGAACUUGUCAUUGCCACCUUUUACACCAUUUUAGAAUGGAGCAAUUGGUGCGGUUGUCAUAGCUUCAGAGUGUAAAAAAGCAAUUUAUGGGCUUUGUUAACAUAAGGGGACGAUUCAGACAUUCCUCCUCUUAUUUCAGAAGAGUAGGAUAGAUGGGGGUUUGCCUAUUUUACUGUAGGCUAAUGGGCUUUCUUGAAUCAUCAGCACUAUUGCAUAAUUUUAGUGACAGCUUUCUCCCAGUCCAAGGGCAGCAGCCAUAAUAAGAAAAUGAAUGCUUGCAUAUUGGCCAUGGGUGGGGCCUCUGGUGAGCUUCCUAUGUCUUCCUUCAUACUAACCCGCCCUGUUACCUUCUCGUUUCGAUUUGACAAUUUCUUUAACAUUAAAUGAUCUAACUUCACAUUUUCUCAAUUUCCCUUCUGUCUCUUUUCUUUCAGUCUUGGUUCUUGUAUUGGGCAAAGAAGGGGUCCAUGGAGGCGGAUUGAAUAAGAAGGCAUACUCAAUGGCAAAAUACUUAAGGGAUUCAGGGUUCUAGUUUCGUCUCGACUUGGCCUAAGUGUAGUAGUUGAGGAGAGAACUAAAGGGAAAAACACACACAAAAAAACUUUAAAAAGAAAAGAGAAAUUGCUUUUAAGAUUUCCCUUCAAGCAGUCCUAUUUAAAAUUACAAUUAGUCCUGGAAGCGUUAUUGGCACUGCAGGGUCACAUGGUUAAGACCCUGACGUCAACAAUGUAGCCCCACGUUUAGCGGGGAAAAGUGGUUUCUUAUCCCCCCCCCACCAUGUCUGUUCAUUUCUGUUCUUGUUUUUUUUCUUGUGUACUCCAGCAUUGGUUUUAGUCAUGGGAAAGGAAGGUGUCCAUGGAGGGCAGCUCAACAAGAAAGCGUAUACAAUGGCUGACUACCUGAGGAAGUCUGGAUACUAA